AUGAUCGGCGACGGCAGCGCAGCGGCGAUGGCGGCGGACCACCUGGCGGAGUCGCUGCACGCCGUCUCUCCCGACGCCACGGUCGCGCUCGCCGCCGGCCCCACGCCGGCGCUCGUGGCGCUCGUGUCGCUGGCGGUGCUCGUGUCGUCGCUCGCGCUCUUCGUGCUUCGCCAUCGCGCCGCCUCGCUGUCCAAAGCACCAGUCGCCGCGGGGCCCGGCGGCGGCAGCAAGUACCAGCCGCUCGCUACAAAGGAUGUAGCGGCGGUGGCGGCGACGAAUGGCGAGGAGCGGAAGGGCGAGGGGGAUAAGGCGGAGCGUGACGACUCGAAGGUGGCGAUCGGCAUUCUGUUCGGCACGCAGACGGGCACGUCCGAGGGAUUCGCCAAGGUGGGCCGCGUGCACCGCGGGCGAGCCUGCAGAGCGUGCGACGAGGGGGUUGCAUGGGCGGGCAGUGCGUGGCUGCGCGAGAUGCCUUGCCCUCCCAUGCUCCCGUUCUCGCUGUCUCACUUCCCCUCUCUGCCGCCGCAACCCACCUGCCGCCUCAUCCCUUCCGCCCAAUCACCCCUCCCUGCCGUUUCACCCUCCCCCCUGCCGCCUCAAGCCCCCCCACUCCCCCGGCCGCCUCACCAUUUCCCCCUCUUUCCUCACCCGCAACCCGUGCCCCUCGUCGCCCUUACAGACACUUGUGUCAGAGCUGCAGCACCACUUCGCAUCGCACUGCACCGUGGAGCUCAGCAGCCUGCAUGCCUCACGUCGUGCUGCAUGCGCCAUCACCCCAUGGCCCCACGGCAGGAUGAUCUAGCGGAGGACAGCGAUGGCUUCACAGCGAAGCUGAAGGCCUUCCACGCCACCUUCUUCCUCGUCGCCACCUACGGGGACGGCGAGCCAACGGACGAUGCGCAGCGCUUCUUCAAAUGGCUGCACGCCACCGCUGCUCAUGCAGAGGCUCAGGACGACAGCCCCGUGCCACUGCAGGGGCUCCGUUUUGCUGUCUUCGGGCUGGGAAAUCGGCAGUACGAGCACUUCAACCUGAUGGGCAAGAUGCUUGACAAGCACCUCGCUGCCCUCGGCGGGCAGCGCGUGGCGGAGGUGGGGUUGGGAGACGACGACCAGUGCAUCGAGGACGACUUCAAGGCCUGGCGGGCGGGGCUGUGGAAGGGCUUUGAGGCGCUCGUGCUGGGCCGGGGGGCGGGGGGCGAGGGGCAGCAGGGCGAGGGGGCAGCGGGGGAGUGGGAGGACGAGGAGGAGGAGGUGCAGGAAUAUCAAGUGCGGUUCCACAGCCGAGUGGGGCAGGCUGGGGUUGCUGGGGAGAAUGGAGAGCUCAACGGGGGGUUGAAUGGGCACGUGCAUGAAGAGAUGAAUGGCAAGAUGAACGGGGAGACGAAUGGGAAGGUGAAUGGAGGAGAAAAGCAGGUGAAUGGCGUGGGGGAGCAUAAGAAUGGCGGGGAGGAGGAGGAGGAGCAGAUGAGCAUGGGGGAGGCGAUUGCUGCUGUCGGGUGGCACUCGCACAGCAUUGGCAGGGCGCGGGUGGCAGUGGUGAGGGAGCUGCAGGCGCCCAACUCAGACAGAUCCACGCUGCAUGUGGAGCUCGACCUCUCGCCCUGCCCGCAUCUGCAGUACGAGGUGGGCGACCACGUGGCAGUGUUUCCUGAGAACAGCGACGCUGACGUGGCAGCAGUGGCCAAGUGUCUGGGAUUGGACCUGGAUGACGUCAUCUCCCUGCAUCUCCCCUCGCCCUCGUCCUCCCUGCCACCGCCCCCUCCCGGCCGCCACUCCAUCCGCUCCGUGCUCGCCUCGCUGCCUGACCUCCACUCCUCGCCGCGCAAGGCAGCGCUGGCAGUGUUGGCGCACUUUGCCUCCCACCCCGACGAGGCGGCACGCCUCAAGCACCUGGCCAGCGACGGAGGCAAGGCGGAGUACCGCGAGUGGGUGGCGGCGGCACACCGCUCGCUGCUGGAGGUGCUGCAGGCAUUCCCCUCCGCGCGCCCGCCCCUCGCUGUGUUCCUCGCCUCCGUUGCGCCGCGCCUGCAGCCGCGCUUCUACUCCAUCUCCUCCCACCCCAGGCACGAGCCGGGCGCGCUGCACAUAACGUGUGCGGUGGUGAGGGACAUCACCCCAGCAGGCCGCAUCCACCACGGCGUCUGCUCCUCCUUCCUGCACCGCCACCUCCCCCUGCCCACCCCCGCCUCCACCUCCCCCGCCCCCUCGGCCCCCGUGCUGCUGCCGGCGUUCAUCCGCUCGUCGCACUUCCGCCCGCCCACCGACCCCACGCGCCCCAUCGUGAUGGUCGGCCCCGGCACUGGCCUCGCGCCCUUCAGAGCCUUCCUGCAGCACCGCGCGUUGCUGCAGAAGGGCGGGCAGCAGCUGGGGGAGGCGCUUCUGUUCUUUGGGUGCCGCCACCGCCACCAGGACUACAUAUACCGGGAGGAGCUGGCAGCGUAUGAGGAGAGCGGCGUGCUGUCAGCGCUGCACGUGGCCUUCUCGCGAGACGGGCCCUCCAAGGUCUACGUGCAGCACCUGCUCAAGCAACAGGCGGAGAGGGUGUGGCAGGUGGUGGGGAGGCGGGGAGGCAGUGUGUAUGUGUGUGGGGACGCCAAGGCCAUGGCCAGGGACGUGCACCAUGCGCUGCUCGAGGUCGCUGUGGAGCAGGUCGGUGGGCGCUCUGCUGGGGGCAAGAUGGCGAAGGAGGCGGCAGUAGCAUUGUUGGAUGGUUUAGCAGAGCAGGGUAGGACCACCACCACUACCCGUGCUGUGGCGGCAAGGUGUGCUGCGAGCGCCGCCCCGGGUCGUGCUGCCGCAACCAGCGCGGAGAGCCCUACUGCUGCCGCUUCCCCUCCACCUGCUGCCGCCACGGCUGCUGCAACGUCUGAACUGGCCGCCCUGCACUCUUCCACUCCCACCGCACCAUCCUGCUGCUCAAGGCUCAAGCCUGCUCGCCUUCCCUGCAUGUGUGCCCUGCUCAUGCUGGGACAGUCCUCUGCCACAUGUAGAGUGCUGCAUGCUCUGCUCUCUCUGCUCCUUUAG